AUCCCUCUUUUCUAUAAUGGCAAACGCUCUAUGUUUCACUUCCUUCAACACUUGCAAUACAGCUGGCAUUCUAAAUGUGGAUGAUUUAAUCUCUCUUUUCUGCAUUGGUUUUAGGGAUACUUAUUAAUCCAAGGAAGGCUCUUGUGGUAAAUCAAGCGCUUAAAGGCUCCAGGAGUGCCACAAUUCGUUCUUUAGAUCCCCAUUUGAUUUGAUAAGUGUUUUGAGUUAAUCUCUCUAUUCUUAGUUUCUUCUUUAUCCUUUCUGCAAUUUUCUGCUUUCUAACUUCACCUAGUUUUUUUGUUUAACAGGCUGUUGAAAAGAAUCCAACUACCAUCGUCUAUGCUCGUUGCGAAGGAAAUGAUAAGAAAUAUUUUGGCCAAAAGAGACGCAGGGAAGGAAGCACAAAGUAGAACGGGAAAAACGAAGCCGCAAGUGUUUGCUGAUCGAAUGACCCCACCAUCUCGCGCUGUCAUCAUCUUCUGCAAGGUAAAUGAUAUAGAUUAUACGGAGCGUAAGGUAGAUAUCUCAAAGAGAGAGCAUUUGACUCCUGCAUUUGCUGAAAUCAAUCCCAUGAAACAGCUUCCUGCCAUUGUUGACGGAAAUUUUAAGUUGUUAGCUACCCAAUCACGAUUAAGAAUUACGUAGGGGUCACCACUUAUGGUUUUUGAUGAGAAGGAUCGUGAUAGGUUAUUGGGUCCAUACAAGAAAGUUCAGCAGUGGAUUAAGCAUACCAGAAAUGGUACGAGUCCUCACUUUGACAACGUGCAUAAUAUCCUCAUGAAAGUCAAAAGAAAAACUAAAAAAUAAGCGGUUAAUGGAAGCAAAUCAUGGAGGUGUGUCUGUCAGCAGACAGUGGCUGCGUGCAAGAAUGUGACAUGUGAAAAAAAACUGAAUAAACAUUUAGACCAGAUGGUUUAUGAUUUAUACAAUGAAUCGUGUAGUUAGAUGUUUGUCAACUGUACAAUUGUAACAGGUUCUCCCCAGCUUUUGUGUUGUCUUGGUAUGAACAAAUUGGAAAUGAUGGGAAGAAACUUUGGCUGUAAGUCAUCUGGCUUGGAUGAUGGGUUUUUGAAACACUUACUGAAGGUUUCAACGAAAAUAAAAAUCUUUAAAUAAAGUUUAUUCCA